AUGUUGUUUAUAUCAUAUAGCAAUACGCUUACACAUUUAUACUGUACCAUUAUAUUAUCUAUUGUAUUGUCAGAUGGGAAAUCAACUACUACGGUCACUAAGACCCUUUCCGACGGCACGACCGAGACAUCCCAGACGACAGUGGACACCCCCCCUACACCCCUAAACACAUCCCUGACCCUGGACCACCUAGCUGGACUGUCUGCUGAUCUGUGGCAAAUACCUACACGACUCCGUCCGCGUGUAGCCGAAGCGUGGCCGUUGCAGACACCGGAGGAAAGUACGGAACUCCAGUCCAAGGCAAUUGUGGGUGAGAAUAGGGCCACGGAGAGGGCCUAUGAACAGGACAGCAUGCAUGAGGCGCAGGGUGUUGAUAGUAUGCGUGCAAUGGCUGCUAAGGGCUUUUUCGGAGGACUCGGAGCGCCUUUUGGCCCGUCGUUGUAA